AUGGGCGCACCUGUCAAUUGCCCCCGCUCCAAGCCCUCUCGCGAGGAUGAUCUGUCGGAGUAUACGCCCAUGCCCUGGACACUGAAGGAAAUUAGAGCUGCCAUUCCUGCACAUCUCUUCGUCAGAGACACUCCCAGGGCGAUGCUGUACCUCAUCCGUGACCUCCUAAUGGCUGCGAUCGUCUGGAAGAUAGGCCUCCAAAUAGACCCGACAUUCAAGCGUGUUGAUGUCCUGUCUCUCAUGACCCCGGUUGGGGCGGAAGCUGGGCGCUGGCUCGCUUGGGUCGCAUACUGGUGGAUGCAGGGGCUGAUAUUCACUGGCAUUUGGGUUAUCGGGCAUGAAUGUGGUCACGGCGCCUUCUCAGCCCAUAAGUGGGUUAACGAUAUAAUUGGAUUUAUUACCCAUACCUGCCUGUGGACGCCCUACUUUAGCUGGAGGAUCUCGCACCACAGACACCACAGCAACCAUGCAUCUAUGGAACGAGAUGAAGUGUAUGUUCCAAAGACCAGGAGCGACUUGGGAAUACCCCAGGAGGACGACAAACAUGUGAUCGAUUAUGACGAGUACCUCGGCGAUACUCCUAUUUACACUAUGUACAUGUUGAUCCGGCAGCAGCUUCUCGCGUUCCCUGCAUAUUUGCUGUUCAACGUGUCGGGCCAGAAGGACUACCCCAAAUGGACGAAUCACUUCGAUCCCAACUCUAUUAUCUUCACAAAGGAGCAGCGCAAUGUCGUCAUCAUCUCGAACAUCGGUAUGGCAGGUAUGGUCUAUCUGGUCAAGGCCGCCUGCGCGACGUACGGGGCUUCGUAUGUGGUCAAGCUCUACGGGAUACCCUGGUUGUGCGUGUCGCACUGGUUCAUCAUGAUCACGUACCUCCACCACACGGACCCGGAGCUACCUCACUACCGCAGGUCGGAAUGGAACUUCCAACGAGGCGCCGCUGCCACCGUCGACAGGAACUUCAUGGGCUGGUGGGGUCGCUUCUUCCUGCACGACGUCGCACACUUCCACGUGAUCCAUCACUUCUUCCCGAAGAUGCCCUGGUACAACGGUGAGGAGGCGACGGGGUAUCUCAGGAAUUUCAUCGGCGAGCACUACGCUUACUCGGACAAGCCCGUGUUCAAGGCGUUGUGGCACAACUAUAAUGAAUGCCAGUUUGUGGAAGACGAAGGUUCGUAUCACGAAGCAAUGCUUAACACACUCUGA